AUGGGAGGGGCGCAGAAAUCCUCGGUGUAUAAGAAAUGCCGUUCUCACAAGCAGGGAUUUUACACAGCAACUCAGGACGAACGAAAUGAUCUGCCCCAGAGCCGCUACAAAAUGCUGGAUGGACACCUACUCCUGGGAUGGUUAUCAUUCACCAUUAUAGUGCAUCUCAUCAGCUUGACUGGACCGACCGCAGCUUACUUCGGGCUGACAGGUAAUGAACCCCUGUCCAUUCUGCCACUGAGCUCACAGCCAGACGAAAGGGCGGGCAAGGCGCACUACAAGCUGUGUGAUAGACUCAAGCUGGAGAAGAAACAGCGCAGAAUGUGCAGACGAGACCCUGGUGUGGCCGAGACUCUGAUGGAGGCCAUCAGCAUGAGUGCCUUAGAGUGCCAGUACCAGUUCCGUUUUGAGAGGUGGAACUGCACCUUAGAGGGCCGCUUCAGGGCAAACAUUUUAAAGAGAGGCUUCAAGGAGACGGCGUUCCUCUACGCCAUUUCUUCAGCAGGCCUGACCCACGCCAUGGCCAAAGCCUGCAGUGCUGGCCGCAUGGAGCGCUGCACCUGUGACGAGGCUCCAGACCUGGAGAACCGAAAGGCCUGGCAGUGGGGUGGCUGUGGAGACAACCUCAAGUACAGCAACAAAUUUGUCAAAGACUUUCUGGGUAAGAGGUCCAACAAGGAUCUCCGCGCCCGGAUAGACAUGCACAACAGCAACGUAGGAAUGAAGGUGAUCAAGGCCGGUGUGGAAACCACCUGUAAGUGUCAUGGAGUUUCAGGCUCCUGCACUGUGCAGACCUGCUGGAGGCAGCUGGCACCUUUCCAUGAGAUCGGCAAGCAGCUUAAACAACGCUACGAGACUUCAGUCAAAGUGGCCAGCUCCACCAAUGAAGCUACCGGAGAGGGGGAGAUCUCUCAGACACGUUCCCAGGGGCAGCAGCCCCCACCGGGCCCACGGCCGGACCCCAUUCCCCGAACCACCGAUCUUCUACACAUCGAGGACUCGCCGGACUUUUGCUUGCUCACCAAGUAUUCGGCAGGAACGUUGGCACGCAAGUGCUAUAAGGAUAAAAACUGUGACGUAAUUUGCUGCGACAGGGGCCACAACACUCAGAGCCGAGUGGUGACACGGCCGUGCCAGUGCCAAGUACGCUGGUGCUGCUAUGUUGAAUGCAAACAGUGCACUCAAAGAGAAGAGGUUUACACAUGUAAAGGGUAAAAAAUCAUGACAACCAUGCAGAAUAUCUCUGGCCAGAACUGUGAAGAGAGACAAAUGAGAGUGAGUGGAAGACACAAUAAAGAAUAAGGAGAAGUGACACAUUGGAAUAGGUGGAUUCCCUUGUCCUGUUUCGAGAAGGUAAAAAAAAAAAGAUGAAAAGCACUUUUGGAUAGGUUUUGGAAGACAUUUUUUUGUUUGUUUCCCAAGUGAAGUGGUGUGAAGGCUGUAUAAUAUACCUAGCCUAAGGGAAUGGUCCACAGUUUUGAGAGACAUCUUGGAACUAGACAAAAAAACUUCACAGAGUAACUCGUCUGCCAAGACAUCAAUCAGCAGUAAAAUUCAGUCCUGGACAGACAUUUGUUUGUCCAAUGAUCUGACAGUCUCUGAAAAAUAGCUUGAAACGUUUCAAGCUGUAUGUGCGAGAGUAUGUGUUUGUAUGUGACUGAUUUAAUUCCAAAAUAAUUCAUUCUGAGACUAAAUUUGCAUUGAUGAAACGAUGGAGUCAGAUUUAUUCUACAUGCACAUGUAUUCAACACCCACACAAGAGUGUGUGUAUGCAUAUGUACAUAGAUAAAUUACAUUAUAAUUCUAUUAUAUACACCACUUAUCGGAGUAUGUUCAAUAACCACUAACCACACAAAUGUUUUAUUGUUUGUGUGCUUGCGUUCACUUUGUGUUGUAAUUCUCUUUGACAAGGCCUUUCGGAAAGCAAUACUUUUGAUUUGUGUCUUUCUGUGGAUAUAAUUUAUGGAACUUUGGUGGACUAUUCUUUUGCAAGGAACAAAAAUUAUUUGCUUUUCCUCUCAAUUUCCUUUUUUUUAUUGUUUGCUUGACAGUGAAAAUCUUUACUAGUCCAUUUAAGAUUUAUCUCUGCCUUAAAUGAACUCUACAGAUGACUGUUCAGGGAACAAGUGAAACCACUAUGCACAAUUGGAUAGUAAAGAGAUACUAUAUUGCAAGCAGGAGUAUUAGUCUCCAUUAUUUAGGUCUCCACCUGACGACAGAUCUGUCCAUCCUCAUUAAAAGCUGCUGAUUCAUUGCUGUAAUCGCUGCAGCAGUGUUCUUCAGGCGUUGCUGGUUAAGUAUGCUAUGGUUCAUGGCCAUUUUAUGUUCUGUGAGUUUUACAGACAGCUUGAGGGUGUAACGAAGAGAUGAGAAUAAACAUCACAGCAAAUGUGAACCACCAGAGUCUGCAUUGGAAAAAGCUAAAUUAUUAGCUUUCUUAUUAGAAUGUUAUUUCUAGGGGGAAGUAGUUAAUCUCAGAGAUAAUACCUCUUCCAGCAUAUUCUGAUGCUAGAGGAUUUGAUGUUGGAAAUUGUGGAGGAUGAUUUUUGACACCUGCUAGAUUUCAGUUGGGGAUGGUGGCCGAAGUGGGAUAGGUCCACAUACACACUUCAUCUGAUUCAAGUGAUUCUAAAUUCAGUCAUGAAUCUAUACAUGGCACAUGCUGAUAGCUCCUUUAAACAUGUAAUCUGUUAGCCUGUCAACUUGCGUACUCUCUUUGUCUAACAUUCAAAUUGCCUCAGAUGUUCCCCAGCACCACUGGUCGAAAUCUUUUUCAAGGGCAUUGUUUGUAUGUUAAAUUGUGCAGCAGAAGCAUUAUAUGCAGUCUUCCAUGCACAACACAGCAUGUCUGUGUAUGUUCUAGCAUUAGCAUGUCUUCAUACUUGCUCUGCAAAGGCAGGAGGAGCAGAGUAGCAGAGCUAGUCUGAAAAAAAAACCAAAAACUACCAACUUGUCAUAUCUACUAUAACAUGUUACAUUUAUUCUGAGAGUUGUCAUUAUUAAAAUACAGUUGUUCUUAAUCCCGUAUUGAACACACAGAGUUCUGUUAUUUGCGGGAGUGACAACCAAAUUCGCUCUCGAACAAUUCAGUUAGUUACAACCUAAUGUUUUUUAGAUCCACAUAGUGGGUACUGAACUGAACAACUGUUUGUUAAUGCAGUGGCACCACUUUCUUUUGGACACUGUCAGCUAAUCUGAUGUGCUGUGCUGGAAAAAUCACAGAUUCAUUUUGGAAGUGACUCCUGUAUUUUGUACCCACAUUGAACUAUAGUUUAGGGAAUUCAAUACCACAUUGUAAGUGCAAAAAAUUGCAGUGUGUACAAGUCCAAAUUUUACUGCUUGAUUGUGGUUCUCCCAUCACAUUUUGAAUCAGCAGCAACUUUCUUUAGAAGUGAUUCUUCUAAAGUUUAAUUGAACCUAUUCAUAGUUGUGGAGAUGCAAGACAAUCUUUGGUUAGUGUUCAUUUAUAUACUCCUGUCAACUCCGUUAAUAUAGAUUGGCAUAUAUAUUUAUGUCCAUAUGGAUGUGGGUGUCCAUAUAUACAUAUUGUUAAGAGAACACUGAAAUUUCAUAUUUUUUUUUAAAAUGAUUUAAAAUGACCAAAUGACAGGAUCUAAGUUUCUGAUCGGACUUUUAGACACUUACAGACUCUGACUCUGUCAGCUUAGUGGCGGCGCACAUUUUGACAAUGUAUGACUUUAUGUUUAUCUCAAGAGAGUCUGGUGAU